UGGGAAUUUGCUUUGGUGUCCUGGCCUCUUGAACAGACUUCUUAUAGCUUAUCCUACAUCAGCCUUGGCAAAAAGCCUCAGCCUCUUCCUCCCAUUGUGGAAGGGCAAAUGCUAAAAAGAUCAUGCUAGAAACCAGCUGUGGAUUUGAGAGCAAACGAAGAGCUCUCAUCUACCAUCUCCUUUCAAAGCGAAGCCAAGGGAGCAGAGCCUUUCACAAAUUCUACUAAGCAAAUUGCCUCCGAAAGAUUUACACGGAGUAGAAAGCAGCAGACCGGCUUAGAUGAUCAAGAAAGGACUUGAGCCCUCUCAGGACUCCGUGGCCCUUGCAGAAAUCCCUGUCAUGUAUUGGCCUGCUCUGCUGGAAGAGAACGAUUCUGGACAAGGUCAGGUAGUUUACAAAUGAUUGGAGGAAUUGAUUUUUUCUAAGAAUCAUCAUCUGUGUAAUCUAUAUCUUGCUGUUUACUCCCAAAGAAGUGAUAGAACCAGAGCUCUUGGAAAGCACUUGAAUCGGACCCAAGAGUUUGAAAGAAGCAGUUCCUGAACCUUUGCUGGUCCUCUGGAGGAAAGCAUGGGCUGCGACAGGAACUGUGGGCUCAUUGCGGGGGCCGUCAUUGGGGCCGUCCUGGCUGUGUUUGGUGGUAUUCUGAUGCCAGUGGGUGACAUGCUCAUUGAGAAGACAAUUAAAAAGGAAGUCGUCCUUGAAGAAGGUACAAUUGCUUACCAAAAUUGGGUGAAAACAGGCACUGACGUCUACAGACAGUUUUGGAUUUUUGAUGUGCAAAACCCACAGGAAGUUACAGUUAACAGCAGCAAUAUUAAGGUUAAGCAAAAAGGUCCUUACACAUACAGAGUCCGCUAUCUGGCCAAGGAUAAUGUCACACAGGACCCCAAAACCCACACAGUCUCUUUUGUGCAGCCGAAUGGAGCCAUCUUCGAACGGUCGCUCUCGGUGGGGCCCGAGGAUGACAACAUCACAGUUCUCAACCUGGCUGUCGCAGCUGCACCCCACCUGUAUCCUAAUUCCUUUGUUCAGGGGAUACUCAACGGACUUAUUAAAAGGUCAAAAUCUUCCAUGUUCCAAACCAGAACUGUAAAAGAGCUCUUGUGGGGUUAUACGGACCCAUUCUUGAGUUUGGUUCCAUAUCCUAUUCCUACUACAAUAGGUGUAUUUUAUCCUUACAAUAAUACUGUAGAUGGUGUUUUUAAAGUUUAUACUGGAAGAGAUAACAUAAGCAAAGUUGCCAUCAUUGACACUUACAAAGGUAAAAAGAAUCUCUCCUAUUGGCCAAGUUAUUGUGACAUGAUUAAUGGGACAGAUGCAGCCUCAUUUCCUCCCUUUAUUGAGAAGACCAGAGUGUUGCAAUUCUUUUCCUCUGACAUCUGCAGGUCAAUCUACGCUGUCUUUGGUUCUGAAGUUAAUCUGAAAGGAAUUCCUGUGUAUAGAUUUGUUCUUCCAGCCAAGGCAUUUGCUUCUCCACUUCAAAAUCCAGAUAACCAUUGUUUCUGCACAGAAAAAGUUAUCUCAAUGAAUUGCACAUUAUUUGGUGUUCUAGAUAUUGGCAAGUGCAAAGAAGGAAAACCUGUGUACAUUUCACUUCCUCAUUUUCUACAUGCAAGCCCAGAGAUUUCGCAAGUUAUCGAUGGCUUACAUCCAAAUGAAGAAGAACACCGUACAUAUUUAGAUGUUGAACCUAUAACUGGAUUCACUUUACAAUUUGCAAAACGACUCCAGGUCAAUAUAUUAGUCAAACCAGCAAAAAAAAUUGAUGCAUUGAAACGUCUGAAGCACAACUACCUUGUGCCUAUCCUUUGGCUUAACGAGACUGGCACCAUCGGUGAUGAGAAAGCAGAAAUGUUUAGAAAUAAAGUGACCGGAAAAAUCAACAUGCUGGGAAUGGUUGAAAUGGUCUUGCUUGUUGUUGGCGUGGUGAUGUUUGUUGCCUUUAUGAUUUCGUACUGUGCGUGCAAAUCAAAGAAAGUGAAAUAAGCAGCAAACGGAGUCCUGGCACUUACGCAUGAGCUACAUCGGAACGACUGGAAAAUAUCACUCUACAAAAUGAAGACUUAAUCCGCUUUAUUUCUACAAAAAAAUAUUUUGCCUUUUAGUUGAAGAGAUGAUGGCACCACUCUUUUGCCCUAACCAGCAGCACAUUCUUAAAGGAUUGUUAAGACGCCAUUAAAAAGCUAUACUUUGAGCCCAGAACGACCCACCUUUCAAAAGUCAUUACUUCAAAAUGGAAUUGAUUUUAGUUUCUACAGACCUGCUUCAAGCAUGUACCAAUUCAGGUCACUGGUGGGAAGAACCACAGAAGAGGGGAGUUUCUACAGAAACCCUGAGCCCUUGGCUCCCCUGUCCUCCUCUCAGAGAGUAAGCAACAUCAAUCGCCCUUGGCCAUAUAUCCCUGCCCAGGCUUGGUUGCAAUAGACAGACCCAGGAUCGUCAACAAUGCAUUGCGCUAUCUGGGUACCAACCAUUUUGAAAGACAUUUAAUAACAGAAGAUAAAUGAUUAGAUUAACUGGUUUUUGAGUCUCUUACUAGUUAUGCCUUCGGUUAUUUUGUUUUUUAUUCUCUGUGGUACCCUCUGUACAUUGGCAGUAAACUUAGUAACCAUUUCUCUGAAUUGUUCUUACUUUCUAGCAAUAGGAGCUUAUAUGUUUUUCCUAUUGAGCAUGCAAAUGGAUAUCCUUCCUAGCAUACUUCAGCUCGUUCUGUUUGAGGACUUUGUCAUUUUCUAAGUUCUGCAACAGUUAGGGAAAUCUAAGCGGACUUUGGCCUUUCCACGCAGUUGCAAUUUAUGCUGAAGAGCGCUGUGCUAGUUUACAGAAAUGUAAGUGGUAAUCGAUGCAUUCUUGUGCAGCAGAUUACAGCGAUGAGACUGUGCACUCAUAGUCCUCGUACAAGCAGCGAGGCUGGCGUCGACUAUUAAAAUGUGGUCCUCCGUGCA